AUGACGAUCUGCCGGUGCACGGAGGUGCUGGCCGUGGACCCCCACCUGGUCAAGGCCCUCUACCGCCGGGCGCGGGCCCAUCUGGAGUGCAAGGACUUCGGUGAGGCCAAGAGGGACGUCAUCAGGGCACUAGACAUCGCACCCAACGACACAGAACUCAGGUGGGUGUCUGCAGAAGGAGAGGCAGACAUAGAGGGGACGAAGGGGGCCAACGGAAGGCGAUUUCAUGGUCUGUCUCUCUGCUUGUGUUGUCUGAUGCAGUAAGCUGCUGCGUGAGAUCAAGAAGAUCCAGGCGGACGAGGAGGCCAAGGAGAGACGCAAACUCAAGUGUGUAAGCAAACCACAUAUUCAUCACACCCACCCCUCUCUUGUCCAUUUCGCUCUCUCCCCAUUGAUGCAGGGCGUUCUUCGAGGCUGAGGCCAAGCGAACUCAAGUGUGUAAGCAAACCACAUAUUCAUCACACCCACCCCUCUCUUGUCCAUUUCGCUCUCUCCCCAUUGAUGCAGGGCGUUCUUCGAGGCUGAGGCCAAGCGAUCGGACCCCUCAGAAGCUGCCGCCGCCCCAGCGCCCCCCAGUGUGCAGCAUCACGACGACGACGAUGGCGGGCCGCUGGUGGAUCCCACCAACACAGGCAAGAGGGGUGCGGGCGAGCGGGGUGUGUCUCGUGUCCAGCCGGAUAUGUGUGUGCCUCCUCUGUGUGGGUCUGCAGAUGUGAAUGGCGAGUUGGAGGACGAGUGGGACGAUAGCCGGCCAGUAGCAGCACCAGCGGAUGACGGCUGAAGGUGAGAGUGGCGAGGGGUCAAGUUAGACCGGCUGCUUCAGAUUCAUUGUGCGGGUCAUCGGUCGAUGGAUGGAUGGAUGUGUGUAUGGCUGUGCAUUAAUGUGUCAGGUGGGGGUGGAGGAGGACGGCCACGACGAAGUGGCGGAGGAGAGGUAG